AUGUCGAUCAAAGGACCUGCCCCCGCACCGACCUCCUUCCCCGGCGCUGAAAAGCUGCGCAUCGGUAUUGUGCAUGCACGAUGGAACAUAGAAGUGAUUGAAUCGCUCGUCAAAGGUGCGCUCGAAUCGAUCGCCAAGGCGGGCGUGCCAUCUGAAUGUGUCUUGAUCGAGUCUGUGCCCGGCACUUGGGAGCUGCCCAUUGGCACCCAGCAGUACGUACAGCAUACCGCUGACCAUAGCAUGAUUGCAUCUCAGGCUGUCGAUGCGGUUCUUUCGAUCGGAUGUGUGAUCAAAGGAUCGACGAUGCAUUUCGAGUACAUUUGUGAUGCGGCGCUGCACGGCCUCAUGCGUAUCGGUCUCGAGACCAAGGUCCCCGUGAUCCUCGGCGUGCUCACCGUCCUCAGUGAGGACCAGGCGCUCGAGCGUGCUGGCAUCGGACGCCAGGGCAAGGCCGGCCACAACCACGCUUUGGACUGGGGCUUUGCCGCCGUUGAAAUGGCGCUGAAGAACCGCAAACAGCAAAAGCUUACGUAG